UUAUUUAACGUUUAAUUCACUUUCAUUUUCAUUCUCUGUGCUGACUAACAGUGGCUUAUCGUCGUUUCGACGACGAAAACAACAGGAUCUCUUCUUUAGUGUCGUAUUUAUAUCCCGCGAUAUCCAGUGGGACAAAGUUUAUUAAAAACAGGUUUUUUAAAGUUUUGCACUUAUAAGAUUACUCGAAACUAUUAUUCUGCAACAAUGACUUCCUUAGACAUGAGUCCCGCGUCCAAAAAACAGGUGGAUGGAUUCGCUCAGAAAAUUACCAAGGAGGCUGAACAGUUGGUGUCAAACUUCUUCCCUAAGAAGAUUGCAGAAAUGGACGAUCUGUUACAGGCAUCCCUUAGUUUGAAGGAUUUGUCUGUCAUCAAGGCUCCUUUGGAUAUUCCAAUCCCUGACCCAGUUAAAGAAGAGCUCAAGAGGAAGAAGAAAGAAGAGAAAGCAGCUAAAGAGGGAAAGAAGGAUGACAAGAAGGACGACAAGAAGGAUGAAGAAAGCGACGAAGGUCCUCCCUGUGGUCCUGUGGCCUGCAAUGAGACAGUAGAGAAACUCCUGAAACGGAUCAAGCCUGAAAUUCAAACUCUAAAAGAGUGUCUUAACACGGUGUCAAUGUGGUUGCAGCUACUGAUCCCCAAAAUUGAAGAUGGAAACAAUUUUGGAGUUGCCGUACAGGAAAAAGUAUUUGAAAUGCUUACCAAUACUCGUACCAAGAUUGAGGGAUUCCAGACACAGAUUUCCAAAUACUACAGUGAGAGGGGAGAUGCUGUAGCCAAAGCCGCUAAACAGCCACAUGUGGGAGAUUACAGACAGCUCGUGCAUGAACUGGAUCAGUACCAGUACAGUGAGUUACGCAUCGCAGUCCUGGAGAUUCGUAACACUUACGCUGUGUUGUAUGAUGUCAUCACCAAGAAUGUUGACAAGAUUAAGAAACCCAGAGGAGAUUCAUCUUCAAAAGCACUCAUCUACUGAAAACUUCAGGCAAUAUGCAUCGCAACACGUCAUAUUAAAUUUCACAGUAAUACUGCAUUGACUCAGCUUUAAUUUCAUGCAUCAGAAAAGAAAUCCACUGUGUUACAGUUUUUACACAAUAAAAUGGUGAUAAAAUGGUA